AGGCUAUUACGUCGUCUCACGUCUUUCUGUAUUUUAAUUUAGAUCUAAUCGCACAUUAGCGCUACACAAGUCAAGAAAUGUUACAAGGCGUCGCUUUCUUGCUUCUUUUGCUCAUCCAGUGUCAUUUAAGUGAUCAAGAUCUUGAAUGUCUUCCUAAGACACUUAGGAGUGUCGGACUUGACUUCAUGAAGUCAUUCGAGGCGUUCAAAGAAAAGGUUCAAAGUUUCUUUCAUAUAUCAUUUGACAAAAUAGAAAAGCGAAGAUUAAAAAUUAAAAACGCAUUUUACAAUUUUCUCGACGAAUCGUUUGGAGAACUUGAUAGCGAUAAAAGGAAUUUGUUGGCGCUCUCGGAAGGCAGUCGCGAGGAAGGAAUGCCCGCCCCGCAUAUGAUAACUGCACACGGAUAUAGGGUGCAGUCCUAUACAAUACUCACUCAGGAUGGAUUUUUAUUAACACUGCACAGAGUUAUGGCUGGCGACAUAGAAGCUAGAUCAAGAAACAAAAUAGCCCUCCUUCAUCACGGAUUAUUCGGAAGUUCAGAUGAUUGGCUUAUCCUUGGGAAAGGUAGAGCUUUACCAUACCUAUUGUCAGCAGCUGGAUACGACGUUUGGCUGGCCAACGCUCGAGGAAACAAAUAUUCAAGGGCUCACAUUAAUAGGACAGUUGACGAAGUUGGAUUCUGGAAUUUUUCCUGGCACGAAAUCGGAUUGUAUGAUUUAUCGGCAGUGAUUGAUUAUGUUGUGGGAGUCAGCAGUAAAAACACGGAAAUACAUUUUAUCGGACAUGCCCUCGGGGCGACGUCGCUUCUAGUACUGCUGUCGGUUGCUCCUAAAUAUAACGACAUUUUGAAAUCGGCUACCUUUCUAGCGCCACUGGUUUACAUGUAUCACGUGGAAGGUCCAUUAAAGAUAUUAGCUGAUAGUUAUGAAUAUCGUUCCACGGAUAAUAUUUACAGACCCACUUUACUACGCUCAGAGAUAUUUUCACCGAAAGUGAUUGAAAGGUUUUGUAGAGGAGAAGUGAGGUUAUGUCUCAACCCUUUUCUACUAUUGGCUAAUGGAGGCCAGGACUUCGCAAAUUCUUACAUAACGGAAGCCGUUUUAAGCCAUGUGCCAGCAGGGAGUUCCAAGAAGAUGCUAAUUCACUACCUGCAGUUGAUAAAAAGUGGGGAAUUUCAAAUGUUUGAUUAUGGUUAUAUAAAAAAUAUGGAGAAAUAUGGAGAAUCAACGCCAUCAUCGUACGACCUUAAUCAAGUGACGGUGCCAGUUAUCAUAUUUUCGUCAUCAAGUGACUGGUUGUCAACGGUUCCAGAUAUUGUAAACUUAUUGACAAAAAUUCAUAACGUUAUUGUGCAUCAUGUAGUUAAGAAGAGUGACUUCAGCCACACUGAUUUUCUUUGGUCUAACAAUGCGCCAGAAUUGGUCUACUAUUUGAUUCUGGAUAUCUUGCAGCAACGCUUAGAACAAAAGAAGGGGAAAGAAAGUGAUACUGGUGAAUAGGUUUGUUGAGUUAUAUUUUUGCAAGUUUUGUACAGGAUAUGGUUUUAAGUAUUAUUUAUAAGUUAAUAAUGGGAUUCAAAGUGAAAAAGUCAUCAAAUGAGAUUUAUUGUAUACAUUAUAGAGAUUUAAUGUAUACAUUAUAAUACGUAUUUUUUUUGUAAAGAUAUAUAUGUAAUUACUAUAUUUCCUUGUUCAUGUCACGAAACCUUUCGAAUUACGUAGGUAUACAUAAGCACGGUAUGGUAUAUAGAUACAAACUGUCAUAAACAUGUUCAACUAUUUCACUAAAAUAAAACAGUUGAAAAAAAGAAGACUACAAAAUACAUAUACAAUUUACAAUCAAUCAUAAACAUACAACAACCGCUAAAAACCUAUUUUUGGAUUUUCUGUAUGUAAAUUUAUCUCCUUUUCUAAUGGAUCAUUUGUGUAGUUCGUCGCAGAGGAUGCUCGUUGCCACACAUGCGGGCUUCGUUUACAUUGCAUUUCUAUCUACAAGCUCUGCAUACAAAAGGCAUGCUAUGCUGAAUUGGAAUUUGUGAUGCAAAAUGUGCAGAAUCAAAAUUAAAAUUGGAAUAACUUCAGACACAAACUUUAAAAAAUUCAAAUGUAAAUAAUACAAAGUGC